AUGUCAUCUGAAAAACUACCCUUUGAGGCAGCUAUGAAUAAAGCUGGUUUUGGACUCUAUGGAGUUAUGACGACGGCUCUCGCUGGAUUAACUAUGAUCGCUUACUCCAGCACGGUCUAUGGUGGUACUUUCAUAGUGCCUACCAGCGCCUGCGAGCUAGGCACUACCCCUCAUCAACAAGGAAUCUUAGCGGCGGGGCCCAUGGCUGGUCUACUUCUUGGUUCAAUGGUAUGGAGUUACCUCGCCGAUAAACGUGGACGACGAACUAUGAUACUCAUUGCACUUAUGCUCAGCUCUGUUUCCAAUAUUAUUGGCACCAUUUCCGUUAACUGGAUCAUGCUGAUGAUCUGCCAGUUUAUAUCAGCAUUACUAGCUUCUGGAUUGUAUUCAAUGUCGAUGACCUAUCUUAGCGAAAGCGUGCCAAAGUCUAACAGGAGUUCCGCCGUACUUAUAGUAUCCAGCGUCAUGCUUAUCACUCAAGGACUUUUAGCCUUGCUGGCGAUACCCAUUAUUCCUCUAAGAUUCUCAUACUAUUUACCGGGUCUGGGCAUCUAUUGGAAUUCGUGGCGUUUGUUAAUGUUGAUGUUCUCCGUACCGCAAGUUAUCACCGCCAUUUGCUAUUACUUCAUGCAGGAGAGCCCUAAAUUUGUCUUUACAAAGGGAGAUGAAGCCAAGGCCCUGGCAAUCUUGCAAACUAUAUACCGCAUCAAUAACAGGAAUAAGAAUGAAGAGCUGCAAGUUAAAUGUCUUCUCAAAGAUGAGGUUACUGUUAUCGAUAAAUCUACUUCAGCCAGAAAAGUAUCGCUGUUCAAGAUGCCUCUUCUCAAGUACACAAUCAUAAUGCUCGCGCUCAAUAUUGCCCAACAGCUCCCUUCUUUUGUGGUGUGGCUACCCAAGAUCGCAGACCACUUCGUGCGUAUUUUACAAACUGGUGACAGAACAGAUCUCACUAUGUGCCAAGUAUUGAACAUGGAAUCUACCCACAUUGACCCGAAUGCGACUCCCUGUGCCCUAAAUACGACAUCUCUACUAUUUGUACUCGGCGUUGGAGUGAUGCAAGCUAUAUUUAAUUUAUGCAUGAGCUUUAUGAUCAACUUCGUCGGCCGUCGUAAUAUGGUGAUGGCCAUAUACUUGUUGUGCGGUGGGAGCGGUAUCCUCGUGAACCUAGUCCCUAAUAUCAUCGGCAGUGCUAUACUAUUCAUCCUAAUGCUCAUGGGCAUCGUGAUUGUGGGACUGUGCACGACUAUCUGCGUGGAUUUGUUCCCUACACAUUUGAGGGCACAGGCAAUUGCAGUAACAAUGACGGCUCAGUACAUUGCGAUCGUCGCAUCCAUCCAGGUCCUCAACCUACUGUUCUUGAACCACUGUGAUACUGGAUUCUACCUCUUCAGCACUUUAUUUGCUUUGGCAGCAAUUGUGACAGCGUUCCUGCCAAAUGACCGCCAACCGCAAAGCGUGCAAUCAGAAUUAGUCGACAGCGACGCAGAAAAUUUUGUAGAACGGCCGCGCAGAAGAUCCUCUAUUUACAUGUAG